GGAAAACGAUCGAUUUAGAACGUAGACAGUAGAUAUAUAUUGUUUCCCUUUACCUUUUACAACUGCGCCAUUAUCUUUUAGAAAAGUUAAAUCGAAGCCAUACGUUUGUUGACAGAUACACAGCAUUCUGUUUUCCCUCAUGUGUGUUGUGCUUUUUAUCCACCGACAGCGAUAAUUCACGAAGUAACCAGUCCACCGAUUGAUGCAGUAGAGGCCACGUCGUAACCGAGGAAAUUCAGGACACAGGACCAUGACAUCCACGAAGAGAGUAGUUAUAGUGGCUAUAGAUGGCAGCGACAAUGCGGAUUAUGCCUUAAAUUGGUAUCUAGAAAAUGUUCACAAGGCUGGGGACAUGGUUAUAGGCGUUCAUUGUGCCGACUACAGCAAGCUUCAGAGUCAACCUUUGACACUUUUAUCAAGUGAUAAAUCCCUAAUUACCAAUUUCCUGGAAACCGAAGAAGCUUCUGUCAAGAAAAUUGCAGCGAGUUUUGAUUCCAAAGUGUUAAAGAAUAAGAUCGACGGGAAAUUUAUCCGAAUUAACGGGGAUCCAGGCCCUGGCAUUCUUGAAGUAUGCAAAAACGAGAAGGCAUCUAUGAUAGUGAUGGGAUCACGUGGUCUGGGGACGGUGCGUCGGACGCUAUUAGGGGGAGUUAGCUCUUAUGUCAUGUAUCAUGCGUCAGUUCCGGUGAUAAUAUGCCGAAUGUAGUGACAGGAACUGUAAGACUUUGGAAAUGUUUUGAUAUAACAGCGACAACAGUACAUAUAGACAAUCUUCCCACCCAACUCACCAUGAACGACAAUGGAACGAGGAUUUCCAAAACACUGUAUCUGUUAUUAUAUAAGAAUAUAUUUUGAUUCUAUA